AUGAUAGACUUCAUGGACUAUGUUGUCCACGCGUUCGGCACCUCUACCGACUGGAAUGUCGACAACAGCUAUUCCUAUCUGACUGCGACCUCUGAUGCUCUCCUGUCCUUCCAAACGCCAUCAUCCCUAGCAUUGCAUGUUUCAUCUCUCAGCACGCCGAACUUUGCAACCUCAUACACCCUCUCGACGGUGGGUCAAAUAGAUGGGUCGAUUUCGUACCUGUAUUCAACGGUCCCGCUUGCACACAUACCCUCGCAGGCGACAAGCAUACCUUUGAAGAGUUUGGUGAGAGGAUACCGGGACAUCAAAUUGCCAAUAGGAGUACAAGAGCCGAGGCAGCAUUUCCCACAAGACGCGAGGAAACCCACAUUACUACAUGCAACGCUUGCGCUACCUCCUCCUUCUGUCCUGACAGGACUCUAUGCACGACGAAUAAACCCGGACACCCUUCUCUCGUUAUCUCUCUAUAGCAAAUCCGUGCCACUCCCCAGUGCCACCUCUGGUGUGCCACCGGCAUCGGUUCUCGCCCAUGUUCAACAUGACACUGGGAGAUAUUCUAUCGAAGGACUUGGCUCCACGGACAAUGCCCUGCUUGGUGUCCGCGGACUCUGGAACUUCGGCAUCUUACCACCAGAGACGGACGGUUCGAUCGCUUCAACAGGCCCGUCUGAACUCGUGGGGGACUUCACCGACUUCCCGACACGGCUCCCCCUCCCACCGCAUCUAGAUGUUCUGUCAGCCUAUCACAAUCGACUGGCAUCGAAACCAUCCUUGCUCUCCGCCGGGGCGGAAUUCUACUAUAGUCCCUUCAGCCAUGUCAUAGGUUUGUCCACAGGGCUGCGCUUCACGACACUAACACCACAAAUAACGCCCCCAGAGCCGCCGACCCGUUCCUCUAACAAGCCACUAGCAGGGACAUCGGCCACACUUCUUUCCAACGCGAGCCACUCUCUCCUCACGCCAAGCAACAUUCACCACUCCUCUUUCCCUUACACCAUGACCCUCGUCCUGACACCCCUCACGGGCUCGAUAUCGUCGUCAUACUCGGUCCGCCCGACAUCCAACCUCGCACUGUCUUCUCGCUUCGACUUCAACUUCUAUUCCUGGGAAAGCCGGUACGUGCUUGGCGGCGAGCUAUGGCGCAAGCACCGCACAUCCAAAGACCCCGAUCACUCCACGGCGUGGGCUCGAGAGAAGACCAAAGACUGGUUCACGCCGGCCGAGAAGGCGCUCAAGGACGAGCGCGUCGCAAGGGAGGAGGAGAACGUCCUCAAGUUUCGUCUUGACGACACAUGGAACGUGCGGGCUUUGUGGACGGGGCGCGUCAAGAGUCUUCUCGUGACUGCGGGCGUGAGCGUGUCCCCUGUAUCACGAGGUGGAAACAAUAUCACCCCGGUGACCGUGGCCAGCGGCAUUGCGAAGCCGGGUCUAGAUCCAGAUGGAGGAGUGAGUGUGAAGAGGUGGACGGGCAGUGUGGGAUUCAGUAUCGCUUAUUCAACGUGA